AUGCCACCCAAGAGAUCCCACGCCGAGAUGUCGGCUACAGGAGAUGAGCCGUCUGCGCUGGAUUCUUGUCCGCAGGGAGAGCAAUUGAUGGCCAUCAUACAACGAGAGAAUAAAGUGAUCGAGAUAUGCGUGGGUGGCAAUGACACCAGAUCAGGUUCCAUCCUCCUGCUCCGUGAGAAGCUACAUUCCGUCUGUCCCAGCGGUCGCCGCCCUACAUACCGCCAGGGUGGAGUUGAUGGCAUACCGAAAGUGGUGCUUUCCAGAAGCCACUGUCUCGAGGUACUUGGUCUGUUCGUACAGUGGCUUUACACUGGAAAAUACAACGAGUUGAAUGGUCCAGUCAAGAGCCUUGACCGUGGCAUCCAGACUCCCCUCCUGGACAUGUGCGAGUCUUACGGAAAAGACACCAUGGAAUGGACAGUCAAGGCUGCGGUACUGGCUUGGUCCAUGGGUAAAGAGCUUCAAGUACCCUCGUUCCAGAAUUACGCAAUGAAACGCCUCUUCGCCGCUUUCUCACGCCCUUCCGAACGACCGCUACUCACACCAGCCUUGUAUGAAUACGUCAAGAAGCUGGAAUUCAGACUCUAUCUCGGGGAUAUGGCCUUCCGGAGUGAAUGGAAAGACAAGGGGCCACUGGAGCGGGCGCUAGGCGUAACCAUCAUUCGAAAUUGGGGCGACAAGGCUAUUGUUGAUCAAGAGGAAUUGGAAUCGUGGUCCGAUUUGUUCAGAUCAUGCGACGCAUUCCGGGACAAGUUCCUCGAAGGAUCUUUACUGUCGCUCGAAGAGCGUCGUGAGAAGACCCUGAUGGCGGAAGACUAUUUCGUCGCUGUGCCCAAGAGCAGGACUGUGCCGAAGUCAUCAUUGGUGAUAACGCGAAAGGAUUGA